CGACUGCAGACCUGAUGAGAAGGAUAAACGGCUGAGAACGAAUCAUUUCAGCAGCUGUUAACUUUGAAAAGGUUUGACACUGAAGAAUGGAGAAUAUCGUCGUCAGCAACACCUCAUGGAGCAAUGAGAGCAUCUCCAACAACAGUGAUGCAUUUAAUGCAUUUAACAAUAAUAACGAUUAUGAUGAUGAUGAAUACAGAAACCUUGUUUUUCAAUCUGUGGAUGUGGUGGACUGGAUCACUAUUUGUGUUGGGCUUCCUUUGACUCUGGUGAUUAUAUUUGCUCUUUUAUCAAUGGUGAAAAAAGAUCCUGUUGCUCCAGUUUACGUCCUCAACCUUCUGAUCUCGGAUCUCAUCCAGCUCUGCAGCAGAAUCCCUCUGAUGUUACACGGAGGCUCUAAUGUCUUUCUUUAUGCUUUCCGGCUUGGCUUGAUAACCAGUGUUGGAUUCAUGAUGUGUGUUUCCCUGGAAAGGUAUCUGAUCGUUGCCAAGCCGCUGUGGUACAGAUUUAGAAACAACCUGACGACGUCUGUGUUGGUCUGCGUUGCAGUCUGGAUCCUUUCUGUUAUUUUUAUCUUCAGCGUUUAUCUUCCGCUGGAACUAAAGACCAGUGGAACCAUAUUGGGUGUGUUUCUCCUCCUCCCUCUUCCCUUGUUCAUCUUCAGCCUGGUUGGGACCAUUAAAGCUCUGUCUGAAAGUCGCAGUGUUGCUGCUGAGGAGAAACAUCGAGUCUUUUCAGUCCAGGUUGUGGUGUUGCUUACAUAUAUAUUACUUUUUCUGCCAGUUAUAUUGUGUUUAGUUUUGGAGGAAAUUAGGGAAAAUGUAAUUUUUCAAGCUUUGGCUGCAGUUUGUCAAUGUCUAAGUCCUCUUGCAGACUCAGCUUUGUAUGUUUUUCUGAGGAAAAAUGCAAUUGAUAAGAUUUUAGCUUCACUGUGUUCCUGUAAAACAUCUGAGGAUCAGCAGAUCAGCAGCACUGAUGAUGAUAACAUGUCUGAUCUGCACACUACAGCUGUUUAAAUAUUGUAUAUUUAUUCACAGAUGGAAUAUAUUUACAUCUUACUUUCUCAGACUAUUGUUGUGGAUUUCUUGCAGAAGA